AUGUACGGUGGACAUCAUGACAUGAUCCAUAUGCUGCUGGAUGAGAUGACACACAACACCAACCUCAAGGUAGCCAAGCAACAUAUACGCGUAGUGGACUCGUACAAAGUACCAUUGUCAGUGUUCAAGCGAGUGGCCAAUUACCCGAUUGUUGAAUGUAACGGCAUACAUCCAUUCGAGCGUGCACCAACACCCGACAUCAACAGACUGCCUCCAACUGUCACGUGUGACAAUCUCAGCGAAAGGACAGGCGUUGAUGAGUCCACCUUAUUUGUCACGAUGUCACACGAGAUGAGCAUGCUCAUUGCCAUCCAGACACACCGACCGCAGCCCUUGAGCAUACUCAGUGAACUGAUUUUCAAGCUCAAUGACCCAGCGAGCAAGGUGACCGUCGAAAUUAUCAAGACACUCAUUAUCAACAAUCACUUUGAUAGCGAGAUUAAAGACAAUCAGUGGGAUUGUUCAAUUAUUGCUGCUGGUCAUUCACUGGAGUUGAUGCAACUGAUCAGACAGAAGUUCGAGAGUGGCCCAGAUGGUCAAGUGACAUAUACACAUUUGGUCAUUUAG